CACAGCAUUAAGUACUUAGUAGUUCCCCCUGGCAGAUCGAUUGACUGUAUCUAAGCACUCCAUUCAUAGACUACACGCACAGCUCGAUGAAAGCUAGCAAAUCAUCUUCUCCGAAGAAGAUGAAGCAGAAAACUUUAGGCGAUUUUCUAUUUCCAUCCUCUCCACCUCCAAUCUCACCGCCAGCACCUGUUAAGAAGAGACAGGUGAAGCAAGAGCACAAGGUUAUCGCUCUUGACUCGGACACAUGUGAUGAUCUGGAACAGGAUAGCGAUGUCGGCGCUAUAAAGUUUGAACCGCAAGUCAUUGAUGCCAGCGAUGAAGACGAUUCUCCACGCCGACCGAGUGCUAGACGGUUCAAGAAAUCCUUCGUUGUCACAGACCGUCUGCCAGAUAUGGCAGCCAGUGAUGACUCGCUGGAGGAUCAUAUUGGCAUACCUAUUACUUGGAAAGGAAGCAAGAAGGGGAAGAGGAAGCGAAAAGCAAUAGCAGAUUCUGACGAUGAAUCUCAACCGCGCAAACGAAAGUUGAUCAAGGGCGCCAGACCUCCAAGUCCUGAAGGAAGUGUCAUCGAUGAAGUCGAUGAGAAUGACAUCAUUGAGUCGCGUCUUCGCACUUGCGACAAGAAAACAACAUUUCAAAAACGUCUUGAGAAGUUGAAGAGUUUCAGGGGCAAGAAACGCUCAGAGAUAACCCUUGAGCUUGAUUCAGAAUCCUCAGAGUCAGACGUCGAGCCACCGGAAGGCCCGGUGGUGCGACCCUUCAAGGGUGCGCGACCAGAUCGUGGUCACGAAUCUAAUUCCUCUAGCGGGGAACAUGAAAAGACAGAUGAAGAUGACGAUUUUAUCGUGGAAGAUGACGAGCAUGGUAUUUUGACUACGCAGCUACCCAUCGCUUUCAGCAUGAACACCCAUCAAGAUCUCGCCCAUCAAUUCAAGAUCGUCUGCCAGCUAUUUGUUCACAUGGCUGUUCGUUUUCCUCCUGACAGACGCCCAUUCAUGAAGAAAAUGUUGGAAACGGAGGAAUAUUUCUCUGUCCCACUUCAGGUAGCACGACGGAAAUUAUCUGGGAUGAAAGACUCUUUGGUCACAUCCUCUGUCUGGAAACCUCAAUUCAAGAGGCCUCUCGAAAGAUACCCCAAAUUCGAAUUAGUACGAAUGAAGUUUAGCGCUCCUCAGUGCGAUGCUUGCAAUCUAGGUGGGAGAAUAUCCACACUAAUCGGCCGAGUGAGCGGCAAGCCAUAUGACAAAUACGAUUUCGAGCCCGAGUCAGAAGACGAGUCAUCGAGUUCAUCAGACAACAAGUCAUUGUCUCCAUCAGGCACUGACUCUGAUGAUAUGAUUAGUCACAAGUCUUCUGGCAAACAAUUUUAUCUCGGCCGCUUCUGCGCUGCUCGAACACGAGUCUUCCACGAGUUCAGUCACUGGGAGUAUCGCUUGUAUCACUCUUUGUUGGAGCAGAUCGAUGAAGUUCUCGAUGGCAAUCGUGGUUUUGUCCGAAUCGCUUUUGCGGGGGGUUUGGAACCUCCCAAAGAUAUGCGAGAUGCAGAUAAAGUGAUGGACUGGCUUGAUCAGCGUGGAUUAAUUGAGUUCGAGUGGCAGAGAGUUCGGGAGUUGAUGGAUAAAGCCAGGAAUCUCGAAAUACGUGCAAAGAGAGGAGGCGAUCAGGACGAUCAGGAUAUGUAAUCUAUGUCAAUAUUCAUUAUUUUUGUUCACACCAUAAUUUGUAUCAUCGCC